AUGAGCUCUCAAUUCUCCCGCCCGGGCCAGCCGUCACCCAGCCCGGGUCUCUCUGCUCCAUCGACCCCACCUCGUCACCCGACACAGGACACGUCCCCCGCUGACAUAAACGAUGGCAACGCUAGCAACGUUAGCACCGUCGACCCCAACUCUGCCGGUGACGACUACGCCGUCCUUCCUUCUGAGACCAACACAGGGAGCACACCGAGCAACCCGGCAAACCCCACCCGGAGAGACUCAAUGGAGGACCUUGAAUUCUCGAUCGGACCGCCGGGCCAAACAGAGGAAGACGACUCCAACAUCGGACCUCAGGCAACGGCGUUCAUGACACCUACUCCGGGGCAACGGCGUGCUUCGGAGGAUCAGCCGCCCCCUGUUACUGUGAAAGACUUCGCGCGGCCAUCCUCCCCGACUCCACACUUCCAGGAGCCCACCGACUCCCCGCGCCUUCGCUCCGAUGAUGCGCCCAAGCGCGCAGCUUCGACCAAGCGCUCUCCAAGCAUCAAAGGUAGUGUGGGCGGCCGCAGAGGUAGCCAUGGUCACUCCUCGCGACCGCAUCGACCCUCUAUCCUGACGAACACGCCUCGCACGCCGUGGAGCACCCAAACGCAGGCGGCCGCACCCUCGACUCCGCAACCGCCCAUCCUCACUCUGACACCCGCCGUCGCUUCUGAUCAACCCGAGUUCGCGGAACUUCUAACGCCCGCUCAGCUCCGAAAGCGUCGGAAGCAGCGCGUUCCUCCAUCUCAGCUUGGUACCGGUCUUGGAGUGCUGGCCGGUCGGCCGAUCCUCGCUGGUCCCAGCCGGCUCGGCUUCGCAACCCCUGACGGAGAUCUGUAUAGAGGAGCGACGGAUAACCCCGUGGCUCCCACAGAGCCGACUGCUGUUGACGACGACGCGAUAACUGUGGCCAGUUCGGCGAGCUCCGACUCCUCAGCGAGUGGCAUCGGUGCGCGAGCCACAGACCUAGUCCACCGAGUCGGAGAGGCUAUUGGAAUGAGACGCGGGAGUUCUUCAAGCGGCUCUGAUACUUCGAGCAGUUCUAGUAGCUCUGCCUCGACGUCCGGAUUUAGCAUCGGUCGUUUUGGACGAGCGUUAACCCGCACGAUGUCCAGGGCUACAAAUGACAGCGCAGCCGAAGAGCGCCCGAAGAGAGUCUACGUUCCCAGAAGACGAGAGUUCACUCUCCUACUCCCGCCUGGGGAAAAGCUCCCUCAGAAGCCGAACGAGGCAACCGUCAUCACAACGCCCAUGCUUCCACCCAUCCUCGAAGCGAUCCGCUCAGUCCGGGCAACGAAUGGGAUCGCUGGCGCUCUCGACGUCCGACCGACGCUGUCGUCUCGCAAACACCAUCAUCACAGCGACCUAGCCGUUCGACGCGGUGGCUCCGCUCCGGGCCGCAAGCGUGCGCAGUUCGUGAAUCCACCAAUUCCCCGCAUGCCCAGGGUGGAGGCGCUUCGUGGCGCCGGGCCGGUGCGACCAAAGUCGGCAUCCGAUCUCCUUGGACUAGCCGCCGGGCCAGGAAGGAAUCAUUCGUCUCCCGACCUGGCGUCUGUGCGCAGCUCUUCUGGCUCCAGCACCGACUCAACUGCCCCGCCGUUGUCGCCGACGCCGACGUUGAGACCGCAACCGAAGCCGGCGUGGUGGUUAGACGUUUCAUGUCCGACUUGGAAGGAUCUGAGAGACAUUGGCGAACUGCUGGCUUUACAUCCGCUCACCCUGGAAGACGUGCUGCAUCAGGACCCGCGAGAGAAGCUUGACACUUUCCACAAGCUAGGUUACUACUUCAUUGUGAUCCGCGCACUCGACGAACAGUACUUCAAGUACACGCCGGGCACGUCUGGUCCACCCGGAACUGAGCUCGAGAUCACGAACCCGAACCACACGGGUUCACGUGAAGGGGAUGGUGGCACGAAGGAACGGCGACGACGUGGCUGGGGAUUCGGUCGAGCCACCGGUCGCGCAGCGACGAAGAUCGGAGAGAAGGUCGAGAUUGUUGAGAACGAUCCCGGAAAGGAGGGCCUCGAAGGUGUUGGUGUCGGUGGCAUCAACCUAUACCUUGUCGUGUUCGCGGACGGCAUCGUUUCUCACGUCACGCGAGUCCGCGACCGCGUCCUGCAGGUGCAGGAGUCUGUGCCGUCUCCCGAUUGGAUCGCACACGGUCUGAUCGAUUCCAUUGUGGAUGCGUUCUUCCCGCUAAUGGGCUACGUCGACGGCGCCGUUGAUGACAUGGACAGCCUCACGAUCGACCCGACCCGUGAUCCCCGCAUACAAACUGUGCAGCCGUCUCAGAACAUCGAAGCGCCAAACCCAUCGGACGACCCGUACUCGCAGUUCGGCGAGGAGCACGCAUGGAUUGACAUGGAGAAGGACCCACAGAAGCUCGACGAGAAGAUGGCCUCCUCCACUGGUGUCUCUCUAUCCGAGAAGACGGGACUUCGACAACGUCGGGUCUCGACAAGCAUGUUUGAAGCCGCUAAAGCGGCGUCCGAGAAGGCGGCGGCUGCGGCCAAGAGUGUGAGGAAAUCGGCAGCUGUUGCCGUGCCUAAGAAGACGCGCCUGCUUGACCAUACGUGGACCCGACCACUUCUUUAUCUGUACCUCUACAUGCUUCCAACGACCAGCGCGGUCGAGCAUGUGCGCGAAGAGGGCGGUGAGGACGUUUUCGACCGGAGUACGAUGCUGCGCAGUAUAGCGAACAUGCGCCGCUUAGUCACCGGUCUUUCCCGCAUGCUAGGAGGGAAGCAUACUGUCGUCGCAGCGCUGCUGAAGCGAACGCGCGACAGCGCGGACGACGUCGAGGCGUACCUCAGCGACGUGCACGACCACAUCCUCCUACUGCAAACCUCGCUGUACCACUACGAAUACAUCCUCUCGCACUGCCAGCCGGCGUACCUAUCCUACUUGCAAGUGUCGGGCACCCUGUCGCGCGGCGGGACCGACAAGCUGAUUCUCGCACUGUCAACGGUCACAAUCGGUAUCCUGCCAAUGCAGUUUGUGCUGGCAUUGUUCAGUAUGAACGUGCACGUUCCGCACAACGGCAUGAGCGACCCUCCCGAUGGAAUCGACGAGCACCGAGAGCCGGACGACACACUCGCGCCCUUCAACUGGUUCAUCGUCAUCGUCUUCGUCAUCACGGUGAUUGCACUAGGUGUCCUCGGUAUCAUACGGUAUUGGCGUUGGCUCGCGCGAAAGAAAUGGACCAUUCGUCGAGGCGGCCAACUUCCUGGCGAAUGGGAUGGGUUCUGGGGAUGGCAGUAG